GACCAGUUUGACAACUUAGAAAAACACACACAGUGGGGUAUUGAUGUUCUGGAAAAAUACAUCAAGUUUGUCAAAGAACGAACAGAGAUUGAACUCAGCUAUGCAAAGCAGCUUAGGAAUCUGUCGAAGAAGUACCAACCUAAGAAGAACUCCAAAGAGGAGGAAGAAUACAGGUACACAUCAACUAGAGCCUUCCUAGCCACUUUAAACGAAAUGAAUGACUACGCCGGACAGCAUGAGGUCAUUUCGGAGAACAUGACCUCUCUUAUCACCGGAGAGUUAACGCGCUAUGUGCAGGAGCUGAAGCAAGAGAGGAAAUCGCACUUCCAUGAUGGCAGAAAGGCACAACAACAUAUUGAAACUUGCUGGAAACAACUUGAAGCAAGUAAAAGGCGGUUUGAACGUGAUUGCAAAGAAGCUGAUCGAGCACAGCAGUACUUUGAGAAGAUGGAUGCUGACAUCAACGUUACAAAAGCAGAUGUUGAAAAGGCAAGACAGCAGGCCCAGCUGCGACAUCAGAUGGCAGAAGACAGCAAAGCGGAAUAUUCUUCCACUCUACAGAAGUUCAACAGCGAGCAGCAUGACCAUUACUACACGCACAUACCGAACAUCUUCCAGAAAAUACAAGAGAUGGAGGAAAGAAGAAUCGUGAGGAUAGGAGAAUCCAUGAAAACUUUCGCCGAGGUCGACCGCCAAGUGAUCCCUAUCAUUGGGAAGUGUCUGGAUGAAAUCACGAAGGCUGCGGAAUCCAUCGAUCACAAGAAUGAUUCCCAGAUGGUUAUAGAAGCUUUUAAAUCGGGGUUCGAGCCUCCGGGAGAUAUUGACUUUGAGGACUUCACACAGCCAAUGAAGCGGACAAUCUCCGAAUCCAGCCUUUCCAACUCCAGAGGGGAUGGGAAGUCUGAGCCGAAGUUUGGUGGCAAAUCCAAGGGCAAGUUAUGGCCAUUCAUCAAGAAAAAUAAGCCCCCUCCUCCUCCCCCUGCCUCUGCCUCACCCUCUGCUGUUCCCAACGGCCCCCAGUCUCCCAAGCAGCAAAAGGAACCCCUCUCCCAUCGCUUCAACGAGUUCAUGACCUCCAAACCCAAAAUCCACUGCUUCAGGAGCCUAAAGCGCGGGCUUUCUCUCAAGCUGGGAGCAGGCCCAGAGGACUUCAGCAAUCUCCCACCUGAGCAGAGGAGAAAGAAACUUCAGCAAAAAGUUGAUGAACUGAACAAAGACAUUCAGAAGGAGAUGGAUCAGAGAGAUGCCUUAACGAAAAUGAAAGAUGUGUAUGUCAAGAACCCCCAGAUGGGAGAUGCAGCGAGCGUGGACCACAGAUUAGCAGAACUUGGGCAGAACAUCGAAAAGUUACGAUUAGAAGUUCAGAAAUUUGAGGGCUGGCUGGCGGAGGUGGAGGGCAGGUUACCCGUGCGGACCGAGCCGGCCCGGCGGCAGAGCGGACUCUACGAAGCCCAGAACACGUCGGCGGUGAACAGCUGCGCGCAGGACCGGGAGAGCCCGGAUGGCAGUUACACGGAAGAGCAAAGCCAGGAGACUGAGAUGAAAGUACCUGCAAUGGAUUUUGAUGAUGAAUUUGAUGACGAAGAACCACUACCCACCAUAGGAACGUGCAAAGCGCUCUAUACCUUUGAAGGUAUUGCUCAGCCUUUACUCUCACCUCAC